AUGGAACAUUACAACGCUUUCCAUCGCUACAGCUCAAGCCGUAGUAUUCUGUAUAACAAAGACCCAACUGUUGAGACCCCUCCUGCUGGUAUCAAGCCCCACAGAAAGAGUCUGUCCAUCCCGCAGCCAACUACAGUUAAGACGAGGAUGCUUCCAGUUCGUGAGAGCUUUGGAAAUGUAACCCAGAGGAGCUGCUACAAGAUGGAGCUUUAUGUGGUUCCUGGGCCAAUCCCUGGGUAUUAUUUGUCUCCAGAGACUCGAAAUAUGUUCCUUACUUUCAGCAAACACUGUGGGACAAAUGGAUAUAGCACAGAAGAAACGCUGUUGCCAACUGGAAAUAGUACAUAUACGUUAGAAGAAAAUGUCUAUGAGAACUGUAAUUUUGAGAGAUACUCCGGGGAAGAGUUAAUAAGCUCUCAGUCUGCUGCGGCGCAGUCUGCAGGAGGUCUAGCAGGAGAAUCUUGGUUCUUGGAUAACGAGUCGGAUGAGAGCGGCUGUUGUUCUGACGAAGGAACCAUAAUUUGGGUGCCCGAAAAAUUCAACGUAUCUGCCAAUGUCCCGCGAUCUCUGUUAACAAGACCUUUAAAUAAGGACUACAACACUCAGACCUCCACUUCCUCCUCCUCCUCACCUACAUCAUUGAAGAUUCCCUUCAACAUGUCAGAAGAUGUUAAUAACUCCACUAAGGUCGUCGGUCAGAGUUCUUCUGAAUCCACCUCCCUCCAAGCCUUCCAAUCAACCUCCGGGGGGCGUGUUAUGAUGGCAGUUAAAAAGGGCUUAGCGGUCGCAAACAUCGAUCCCAGUUCUUUCGGAACUUUGUUAGUAAAUGAGAACGUUGAUCUUGACACCCGCAGAGAGCCAAGUACUUCAACAACCUGGGACUCCGCACCGCACGAUAAAGACACCAAGCACCUGUAUAACACUACUAGGCACCUGUCAAAGAUUCUGCAGCAAAAUAUUCGUCCGCUCAUCCCCGCCGAACUGGCUACUCUCAAACUCGAAGCAAUGGUAAUUGAAGACAACGCCCGUCCCAAGCCUCCUAGGAGCAGGAACUCAAGCAAUCUUGGAACCUCCUUUGGAAGUGAUUCUGGCAGCAGUACCUCUAUUCACACUACUCAUUCCGCUGCAAUAUCCGCCCCAAUAGCCGAAAGAAACAUAAUUUCCUCAGGAUUUCUCAGUGUGGAAAUGGAUCUCAGACUAAGGCGUGCCCAUGUGGAUGUGGAUAGCCUUAGAGAGACCGAACAACUUCAAGGCUCUCGUAGCAAAACUCUUAGUCACUCAUCCCUUAGAGUAGAGAGAGCGGAAAUUGCUCAAAGUCAGGUCUCCACUAGCUCUCUCAAUUCCACAACCCCUACAGUCGAUCAUUUCCAGGAAUAUAUGACACACUUUGAUCUCGACAAUGUGACCAAUCCGCCUGCAAAGGGAUUUCUGGAGUCCGACGACUCAUCUGGCGAGGACGACAACGCAUCGAUCGGGACUGUCAUUCCCCCAAAUCCGAUUAAGCCUCAGGUAGAAAGAAUGCCGAGAACACGUAGGGUCAAGAAGGAAAAGACGGUGAAGAAGUACAUCUUCUACGUUCCUGACAACUUUGAGGAGCUUCUGGCCCAAGCACCGACCUCACCUCCGACAAGGCCUUUGCCUCCUGUUCCUACUGCACCUCAAGCACCAACUCAGAUUCCAAAGGAACCUCUGCCCCUUCUUCCACGGGUAGCACUUACCCAACCUGCCGAAGUUAAAGAGUCAACUCCAAAGAUUGAAGCGUUAAAGAAAGAUUAUACUGAUUACCUAAACAACAUCAAUCGAGAUGAGUCAACCAGAGUCAAAUGCAAAAACAAAACGGAACACAAGCCUGGGCUGGAGGCUGAUCUUGAGGCAUUUAUGGAGAGCGAGGCUCAAGCGGCGGGCUGGAUGAAGGCUAAAAGAAAGAUCGAAGACAAGGUCAAUUAUAUAAGAAUGGUCAGGGAGUUCAUGAACUAUAGCAGGGACGGGCAUGUCGAUUACGGACAGGAAAUAUUGCGUCCAACAUAG